AUGCCGUCAAACAAGGAUCGUCUGUAUGUUGCCCUCUACGCACGUGCGAGCAGACCUACCAUGCCAGGCAAGGAAGACACGUACCACUGGGCCUUGAUUGUUGGGCUCAAAAUCGAAACCGACGGCAGUACGGGCGUCCGAUACCACGCGAAGGAGUGGCCUCGACCGGAAGGCGGAUCUACUUGGCUCUUCGAAGAGCGCUCGUCUCGGCUUCUUCCUUCUAGCAUGAUACUGGUUCGCAUCAUGGUUGGCAAAGUAACAAAUAGGAAUCGCUUGGUUAAGUCCUGCGAAAUACGCCUAUCCGACAAGGUGAGCCGGGAUGGAACUGUGCUUCCUGGGUGA